AUGGCGCUCCUAUCAAACAAUGAAUUCUUAGCCAGCCUGGGUUCAUUGCUUACGGCCAAGAAGGUGCACGGUUCUGUAUUCCUGACCCAGAAGAGAUAUUCAUAUGAUCCAUCGGCUGAGGAAGACUCCCUCGAUGACCUGUCAACAGACAAGAACUUCCCUAUUCUGAUUCGCGCAACAGACGGCAAGUCGUCAAAGGAGGAUACCAAGGUCAAGUUCUCAACACUGGUAAACUUGACGGAUCUUGACUCAUUCUUCACAAGAUAUGGGGACAUCUGUAGGGCUGGGAUGACUACCUUGAAGAAGAGAGAUAGGAAGAAGACCAAGACCAAGGCGAAGAAGAAGCCAACGAAGGCGGCCGCAUAG